AUGCUUUUCAAGUCAACGCUCGCACUGUCUCUCGCCUUUACGGCAGAUGCAUUUGCGGUCCGACGUGGCGCAAACGGCUGGUCUGCACCGACCGUUGAUGACCACCUCAUCACUGGUUUCACCGCCGCUGUCAACUUAGAUCCUGCUGCAACCACUCUGGUUGGACAAAAAGCUCUUCUCACAUCCACCACUGGAAAUAACUCCACGUUCAACCUAGACGAUCUCAAUGCCCACGGGAGUAAGCCGUAA